CCCUGCACGGUUCUUACCCUUUGGCAGAGGGGAAGAUUUUAAUUUCCCGUCUAUACGAUGUACCAUUCUUAUUACUUAAAGGCGGGACCAAGUACAGUACACCCAGAAGAAACUGAGUGGAAGGCAACUUUCGACAGCAGACUCCGGUUGCUAAAAUGUUGCUAUGGUUGACUCGAUGCCUCCCGGGCUUUAGCUUGCUGGCGUUGGCAUGCCUGCUGCUCUCUGCCUUUUCGGACACCCUGAAAUCGCCGUCAUGGAAAGGCAGAAUUCCCCGACCCGGCGAUGGGUCAAAAGGUGAAACGGAAAAGCCGUUGAAUAUGGCCCAGGAGGUGUUUGUGAUAUACACCAUCUUCAUCCACGUCAAUAUGUUUGUUUUCACACUACGCCUUGCUUUCUCCCUAUUCUCGAUGACCAAGAAAACCCGUGGAACCGUGCUCAAGCACCAACCAGACGCGUCAAUGAUGGCACUCUCCGAAGACGGUACGAAGUCUGAGGGAAGAAGGUCGGUCACGUCCGGUCUUCAGAAGCAAUCCGAUCUGCCUGCCAGGGAACCUACCGACGAGAUCAAUGACAGCAACCACAGCCGAGACCUGAUACAUGCGAUCAUUCUCCCCAACUACUGUGAGGAUCUUGAUACGUUACGAACAACUUUGACUGUCCUGGCGAGCCAUCCGACAGCAAAAUGGCAAUAUGAUGUAUAUUUGGCGAUGGAGCAAAAGGAAAGUAGCGCGGCCGCCAAGGCAGCACGACUGCUCUCUGAAUUCGAGAAGUCCUUUCUUCAUAUCGGGGCGACGUUCCAUCCAUCCGGCUUGGUGGGGGAAAUUGCAGGCAAAAGUUCGAAUGUGGCCUUUGCGGCGCGACAUAUCCUCGAAGCGCACCGUACAGCAUUGCGCGCAGAACCCUGUAAUGUGCUUGUCACCGUGAUGGACGCUGAUAGUCACUUGUCCCAAUAUUAUUUUGCCGAGAUCCAGCGACUGAACUCUCACCAUCUUGGCGAGGCUGACCGUUCGUUUUAUUGCUGUCCGAUCAUCUUCGACCGCAAUUCGCACGAUACGCCCGUGCUGGUGCGAUGCGCCGAUCUUCUCUGGGGGUUCGCAGGCCUGUCGACCAUGUAUCCGGGCACGUGGCUGGCGCUUCCGACGUCUGUUUAUUCUCUGCCGCUCGCGCUGGUGGAAAGAGUUGGCGGGUGGGAUAGCGACCCAACGGCGAUCGGCGAAGACCUGCACAUGUUGCUCAAGUGUUAUUUUGGCACGCAGGGAGACAUCGUUACGCGCGUGGUUCCCGUGCCGGCGAGUCAGUGCAAUGUGUCGAGCGACAAGGGCCGCGGCUGGCGGCGCCAAGUAGAGACGCUCUUUGCUCGCUAUCGACAAGGUCUGCGACACAUGUGGGGAGCACUCGAUACAGGAUUCGCAGCACGGCAGAUGGCGAUCAAUCUUCGUCUUGGUCGCCGGCGUCUGUUUCCACGGCUGCGCGAUAUCACCAUCGUCCAUCUGCUGUGGGAGGCACACUUUUUGCCCUGCCACCUCACCGUCUUGCUGGUUUUCUCCGUCCUCUAUGAACUCUGCGUUCCAACCACCCAGGUGCACCCUGCCAUUGCAUGGGCAUUUUGGUUUACCGGUCUGCUGCGGACUCUCUCUUUUAUCGGCAUGAACGUCAACCUUUCCAUGUACGGACGCUGGCAUGCGAUGUGCCUCGACAUGCGGAUGCAGGAUAUGCGUGCGGCCAACCUGACCGGAACUGGUUGCUCGCGGCGAACAUGGUAUCAACCGCAAUAUCUUCUCGAAAGGAUCUGCUUUCCAGUGGCAGGAACCGUGUUCGGAGCACUACCCACUCUGCAUGCCGUGUUUGCUCAUUUUUGGACGGAUCGCCUCGUGUAUCGAGUGAGUCAGAAGCCAGUCUUCAGCGUCGAGAGCAGCGCGAUUGUCUAGGGUAGGGUUUCUGGUGAGUUAAUCGUAUUUACUGACCAGUGGCGAGGGAUAUAUCAAUGAUUUUCGUUCUGUGUUGACGAGUUGGUAUACAUUAUUACGUAUUUUAAUGAUGAUAAUGGACCGAGUUAUGCUA